AUGUUGCGUUCCCGGCCUCGUAGCUUAAAUCCUCGCACACCAGCAGAGGGCAUCUACGGUAAUAUCCCCCAUCACUCCAAACGUAGGCGAUCGCCCUCUCGAACGAGGCACUACCGACAAUGCAAUUAUUAUCCAGUCGUUUCCAAUCCAAUUGCACCGGGACCCUGCAUAAAUAACGCAGCAUUCUAUCCUCUUCCCUACAUGAUCCCAAUGAUGUAUGCCCCGACACCCACUCCACUCUCUGCUCCAUUGCCACCUACACGAUUUAUAUAUGAUGAAUCACUUCCGUUACCAGAAAUCCCCUAUCCCAACUAUGAGACAGAUACGACAGACAGUGGAGAAUUGGAUGAGUUGCGAACAAAUACGGAGGAGACUCUUUCGACCAUGCAGAGGAAUUAUCUUCGAAGGAGUGAAUAUAACCUCGUUCGCGAUUUUGAAGAAACAAAGUGGUUGUCAAUAAAUGACAAAAUGAAGGAUGUACAAGAAUGGACACUCAAACGAAAUCACUGGUUCCAGAGGAGCGUGGAGUUACCAGCUGGAGUCAUUACACGACUUAAAUGUGAGCAACUGCCUAUGGAGGGUAGUUCAACUUUGCGGAGAUAUAAUUUACUGAGGUUGAGGAUAAUUGGUCGAGUAAGACAGUGGUCACCGACUCAAAAAGCUAUCACUGAAGAGGAAUUUUCAGAAAUAGUAAUUUUGCCACAAGGCACGGAUUUGAGUACGAUUGAAUACAAGCUACAGACAAAGAAUAUCCAGCGUUAUAAUGAAGAAAAUUUUAACAGUACAUUACGACAUCAACAAACGUCGUACGAUGAGUUGGAUGACCAAACUGUCACGGAGAAUACAGUCGUGAUCACUGGUCGCGUGGAGAAACUUCCACAAACAGAAGCCAUCUCUCCAACACGUGUGUGGUCGAAGGAAUAUAAACAAUUCAUCAAAGGAACCGUUGAUCUUUCGCCCGAGGGUAGGGUUAUCAACCCUACCAUCACAUCCUUUUCCGAACUACCAGAAUCUCUAGUCAAACUUGCCCCAACUCCUGAUCAGGCGAGUUCAAGUUCAGUUUGUGACUUCCAAAGACAAUAUCUGGAUACAUCUUAUGAAGUGCUGAACGAUGGGUGCCAGAUAAGAAUUCGAUUGGAUAAGAAUGUCGACCGUGAUAGUGUUCAACUUCAAGUCGAUCCAAUGGAGGAAACCGUUAAGGUAGUUUUCGCCCGUCAUUCAGAAGAGAAUACAAACGGUGUUUUGUCUGAGAAUGAAGUACCAACCACAACUACAAAUUACGACAUGGAGGUGUCACAAACGUUCGAACUCUCUUCCAGGAAGUUUGAUAUUCGCGGCAUCUCCAAGAGGAUUGAAGAGAAUAACCUCUUGCUCUUCAUACCAUUCGCGAGGGGCUUUCAUCCAAAUGUCUUGAAAUCGCAAACAUGA